AACCAUCAAGAAAAUGUACGGAAAAUACUGUAUUCCACUCCUUCUCCUCGGCUUACUGGCCAGGACAAUGGCUUCCAAAGUACAUCCAAUUGACAACAAUACGAACUUUACAGUUUACUCUACAACUAAGGCGGCCCUUGGACCCAAACCUCUAUUCACGCAAAUUGGUAACAAAUUCUAUUUUAUUGAAACUGAGGUAAAGAAAAAUUGGCAUGAUGCCUAUGCCACAUGUCGCCAGAUGGGGGCCCAUCUUAUAAGUUUAAAUUCAGCUGACGAGCGGAUCGCAGUUACCAAAUUUCUUCAGGAUAAUAAAAUUGAUACUUUUUACUGGACAUCUGGUAAUGAUUUGAGACAGCAAGGAAACCACGUUUGGUUUCCCACUACAGAUACAGUUGAUGUGGACAUUUGGUAUCCUGGAGAGCCUAAUAAUGUUGCCGGCAAGGAACAUUGCGAUAUUUAUAGGUAUGACAUACAUUUAGGAUUAAAUGAUUUGAAAUGCGAGUCUCAAGAAAGAUACAUAUGCGAGUUACCCAAACAUGUCAAUUAAUUAUAUUACGCAUAUCCUUUAAAAUAAAUGCAUAUAAAGAAAACAAAA